AUGAACUCUCUAUUCCAAUCCGCCAGCAGACUCGUGUUUGGCAGGAGGCCAGUUCUCAACACACUCAUUCAAACCAGAAAUAAAAUGAAGACUCACAAGGCGGCCGCUAAAAGAUUUAUCAAGACUGGAACUGGAUACAAGAGAAAGCAGGCAGGCAGAAACCAUGGAAAUGGAGGGUUCAGCUGCAACUCGCUCCGUCAUCUUGACUCCUUUGUCGACGUUUCCGAUAAAGGUUCUCAGUUGAAAAAGUUGAAGAAGUUCUUAGAGUGCUAG